AUGGCUACACCUUCAAAAAUAUCAUCUUUAGUUGCGCCGGAUCGUAAGCAACGAGAAAUCUGUUGGAAGAUACGUGACGAAUUUUUUACGUGCCUUGAUAAUGCUUUGAUUGAUGAUCCUACAAAAAUCGAUACCGAUGAAUCGAUACAAUUAAUUGCCAAAAAAGGUGGAUGCUUGAAAAUGAAGAAAGAUUAUGAAAAGGCUUGUAUUGGUAGUUGGGCCAUACCUACCAUGUCUCGCAUCCUACGUUUGAUUUUAAGCGAAUUCACUUUAAAUAGACAGGACAUUAAAAUAUCAAAA